ACUCCCCAGGGAGGGGAACUAGCUCCUGGAAGCCCACUUGAGCCUCCCUCCAUUGCUCUCCUGCAGGAGAGGGGAGAGUCCCUUUGGGGCUGGCUCCCGCCUUUUCACCUUCCUCUCUCUGCCUCUCCUCCAUGCCCCCUCCCAGUCCUUCCUGCACCGGUCUCCCUUUUUCUGCCUUUCCUGCUCUCCUGGUCUCUCCCCCUUAGUCUCACAGUCCUGGCUUGUCUGUUUUCCUCGUUUUUGCCCUCCUAGCUUUGUGUUCGGGAUCCUUCUCCCCAGUCAAGAUUUCUGACUCUCACUUGCCAGUCUGUUCCUUGCCUGUCAGCUUCCUAUCACUCCCCAGGCCGACUCUGCUUCUCUGUCCCUACUCCCAGGUCAGCCCUCAGGAGUCCUCCUCCUCCUGGUUCUCAGCUCAGACUCCUCCUCUGACCCUCCCCCGCUCUGCCCUGCUCACCUUUAAUUGAGAUGCUAAUGAGGCUUCUGUUGCUUCCACCCCGGCCGGCAGGCGGGCUCCCAGGCCGGUCUCUGCACCUGUCAGGUGAGGGGGAGGAGAGGCUCUUGGCUGCCAGAUUCAGCUAGAAAGGAACCAGUCCCAGUCCAGUCACAACUUGGGAGUGGGGAGCAGGUGGCAGCCAGGACUCCUGGAGACCUGCCAUCCUUGGGACCUGGGACGGAGGGAGUCAGGACACAGCGAGUCAGGACACAGACCAGGCAGGAGCAGGACGGGAGACUGGAGGAGAGAACCUGGACUGAGAGGGGAGAGGGGGAGGAAGAGGAAGAGAGGCAGGAUCAGAGAGCCUGGCACACAGAGGAGCCGGGCGAGGAAGGAGAGAGUUGGGAAAGAAACCCAAGAGAAGGAGAGAGAGGUGGGGGGAGAGGGGGAGAGAGAGAGAGACCAAGAACGGGACUGACUACCUAGCAGAGGCUGAUGGCUGAGGAAACGAAAAGGGAGGUUCUGGGACUGAAACCAAAAGGUGACCUUAUCAGGGAAGCAGAGGAGAGGCCACUCCAGCGAAACCCAGCUCCAGCUCUGGCCCUGGCUCCAGCAGGGCUCAUGAAGGGAGACAAGUGCGAGGAGCCGGGGCCAGACCCCAAGCUGGCGGCGGCCCCCCUGCAGCCCACGGAGGAGGAGGAGGCCCUGAUCGAGUUCCACCGCUCCUACCGAGACCUGUUCCAGUUCUUCUGCAACAACACCACCAUCCACGGCGCCAUCCGCCUGGUGUGCUCCCAGCACAACCGCAUGAAGACGGCCUUCUGGGCCGUGCUCUGGCUCUGCACCUUCGGCAUGAUGUACUGGCAGUUCGCCCUGCUGUUCGAAGAGUACUUCAGCUACCCUGUCAGCCUCAACAUCAACCUCAACUCCGACAAGCUUGUCUUCCCCGCCGUUACCGUCUGCACCCUCAAUCCCUACAGGUACACGCAAAUGAAAGGGGAUCUGGAGGAGCUGGACCGCAUCACGGAGCAGACGCUCUCCGACUUGUACAAAUACAACUCCUUGAACACCUUCGGGAGCCACCCCCGCGGCCGCCGCGGCCUCCGGGAGACCCUGCCGCACCCCCUGCAGCUCCUGUGGGACCCGGCCUCGCCCCACGCGGCCCGCAAAGCCCGCAGCGCCGCCUCCAGCUUGCGGGACAACAACCCCCCGGUGAACUGGAAGGACUGGAAGAUCGGCUUCAAGCUGUGUAACCAGAACAAAUCCGACUGCUUCUACCAGACAUACUCAUCAGGGGUGGAUGCGGUGAGGGAGUGGUACCGCUUCCACUACAUCAACAUUCUGUCGAGACUACCAGACUCCUUCACAUCCCUGGAAGAGGACAAGCUGGGCAACUUCAUCUUCAGCUGUCGCUUCAACCAGGCCUCCUGCAGCCAGGCGAAUUACUCUCACUUCCACCACCCGAUAUAUGGAAACUGCUACACUUUCAAUGGCGAGAACAACUCCAACCUCUGGAUGUCUUCUAUGCCUGGGGUCAACAAUGGUCUGUCCCUGACACUGCGCACAGAGCAGAAUGACUUCAUCCCGCUGCUGUCCACAGUGACCGGGGCCAGGGUAACGGUGCACGGGCAGGAUGAGCCUGCCUUUAUGGAUGAUGGUGGCUUUAACUUGCGGCCUGGUGUGGAGACCUCCAUCAGCAUGAGGAAGGAAACCCUGGACAGACUUGGGGGCAACUAUGGAGACUGUACCUAUAAUGGCAGUGACGUCCCUGUCAAGAACCUUUACCAUUCCAAGUACACACAGCAGGUGUGUAUUCACUCUUGCUUCCAGGAGAGCAUGGUCAAGGAGUGUGGCUGUGCCUACAUCUUCUACCCACGGCCCAAGCAUGUGGAGUACUGUGACUACAAGAAGCAUGAUUCCUGGGGCUACUGCUACUAUAAGCUCCAGGGUGCCUUCUCCUCAGAUCGCCUGGGCUGUUUCACCAAGUGCCUGAAGCCGUGCAGUGUGACCAGUUACAAGCUCUCUGCAGGUUACUCGCGAUGGCCCUCAGUGACAUCCCAGGACUGGGUCUUCCGGAUGUUAUCCCUACAGAAUAAUUACACCAUCAAAAACAAGAGAAACGGAGUUGCCAAACUCAAUGUCUUCUUCAAGGAGCUGAACUACAAAACCAAUUCUGAGUCUCCCUCCGUCACGAUGGUCACCCUCCUGUCCAACCUGGGCAGCCAGUGGAGCCUGUGGUUCGGCUCCUCGGUGCUGUCUGUGGUGGAGAUGGCGGAGCUCAUCUUUGACCUCAUGGUCAUUACAUUCCUCAUGCUGCUCCGGAGGUUCAGAAGCCGAUACUGGUCUCCAGGCCGAGGGGGCAGAGGUGCCCAGGAGGUGGCCUCCACUCCAGCUUCCUCCCUCCCUUCCAGCGUUUGCCCCAAGCUCUCCUCCCUGGCCGCAUCCCUGCCAAGCCCUGAUACUUCCCCAACCUUGACUGCCCCUCCACCAGCCUAUGCCACCCUGGGCCCCUGCCCAGCUCCAUCCAGCUUGGCAGGGGCCAGCUCCUCUGUCUUCACCCUGGAGGAGCCCUGAGAGGAAACCUGAGAGGAAAGGAGGGUGUCAGCCCCCGAGGCAAGCAGCUUCCCUUGGUGGGUGGGGACAGACCUUGGCAGGAUUAAGGAAUGUUUUGGGCUUGUUCUCAGCUGCCCCAACUGCCUUUGGUGUGGAGGAGGAAAGCGGGGUGAAUAAGGAGCUACAGAAAUUGCUUGGAAAACAGGAGCCACGGAAGCUGCCCAGAAUUGCCCUUGGCUCCUGCCCAGUACCCCCUGGUCCUGCCUCUAGAACCCUCUGGCUUCCUCAUCCAAGUGGAGAGAAAUCUCCUUUUCCCUUGGAUCAGCCAAGUCAGACUUGGAGCUUUGACAAGGAACUUUGCUAGGAAACAAAUGAAGACCAGAACAAAACACACAAGGGCACACAAAGGCAUGCCCAGGUCUCCUACCCAAGGAUGACUGAAGCCAGUUCUGACUGGCCCGGCCACACUGCUUUCCAGUGACACGGACCUUUGCUCCUCUUCUUGAAGUUGGGUGGGGAACCUCACCCAAAAGCCCCCUGAGUUAGUUCUUGGGCAAGUCCCCUUCCAUGACUCCCCAGAGUAGGGCUGGAGCAGACCAGUGCAGUAAAGGUUUGGUGUUUCCAGUUGGACCCACGACUCUUCCAGCCUCAUCUAUACCCCUACCACCACCACCCCCCGCCCCCCACAGCCCAUCCUAGCACUCUGCCUGUAUCCUUCACACCUCUGCAAGUCGUCUCAAACUAUUUCCUAAACCUGGAAGCUUUCCCCACCAUUGGCUGGAGAACUCCUAUGCAUCCCUUAGAACCCUACACAGACACAACUACUUCUAUGAAGGCUUCUGCCCCAUCUUGUCUUCCCCAGAAUUGAUCACUCCCCUCUUCCCUGGACUCCCAUAGUGCACCAUAUCAUUGGUUGGAAUGCUGAUUUUGCAUUUUACUUUCCUGUUCAUUUGUGUCUGCCUCCCCAACUAGACUGUGAGCUCCUUGUGGUCAGGGACUGUUGUUCAUUUAUGUAACCUCAGGGUCUAGCCCAGUGUCCGACUUGGAGCAAGUAGGCAGGCACUCAAUAAAUAUUUGUUGCAUAAAAAAA